UUUUGUAUAUAUUGUAAGGUUUUGGAAGAAGCAAAGAAGCACAAGUCCUCCAUUGACACGUCUCAGUUCAAGCUUCAGAAACCUAUAUCGAAAGACGAUUUGAUCCGGACCACUCUUCACAACAAGAACAAGAACAAGAAGCGUUGGUUAUGGUGCAAGAACGCUUUGUUCUUCUUCAAGUGUCGGAAAUGGCCAAUCUCACGAUGCUCCGGUGGAGACAACAAUAAUGAGUUUGAUGAUCGUACCAGCGACGACGUUCACAUUGCUAGAGCUAGGAACUUUAGAGCCGGUUCGAUAUCUGGUCCGGUUUACGUGACGGAGAGCUGGAGCGGUUCGAGCACACCGUACCGAACGAUGACUACGACGUCGGCGGUUCAUCAGUAUUUGAGUCUACGGGAGCUUAAUAUGGAGCGGCAACAGAGGAUCACUACCUCUUCUUCAUCUUCUAUGUCCGGUCCUAUUUACUUGGUCACGUGAUUAUACAUCAAUUUGCAGAAUUAUCCUUUUAUUAAUUUUUUUAUUGGAUAAGAAAAAAGAGAAUUAAUAAGAUUUGUUUUUUGGGAGGUGUGGUUAUAGUUUAUUUGCAAGAAAAAGCUUGGAUUUGGUUUGUGGGCCUAACGGGCCCAAUUGUUUUAUAGGUUACAUAAGAGUGUGACUACGCAACUUUUUUUCGACGCAAUAUGAUUGAAAAAGUUCUCUU